AUGGCCGGAUUCUCUGAGUCCUCUAACCGCAACAACAUGCUCAGCUCUUUGUGGCAACAAAGCAAUGAACAAAGCAAUUUUAUGAGUAGAAAUGAUGGCUAUGGACAAACUCUGGUGCUGUAUCGCUCGAAAGUGUUCAUAAACCUAGACGGUAAUACUAUUACAGAUGACUCAUUCAACAACAAGGGAAACGGAAACCAAGAUUUUUCUUAUGCAGACAUCAACAGAAUUGUUUCAGCCAUCAGGAACAAAAAUUCCUCUCCUGUUCCUGCUCCAGCUCCUGCCAUUAACACUGUCUACACCAAUCCCAACCAACACCAUGGUUCCUCAAGUGCAGUUGAAAGCAAGACAUGGGAGACCACUUACAAGAACUCACAUGGAAUAUUCAACCAAAUGAGCAAGACUAAUGUCUUUUUGGAUUUAAUUAAAGGGAUCUUGGUCUUCGUUUAG